GAUUUUGACAUACGACACCACACUCAAGUCAUCUCCGAGUGGGAGAAAAUUUGCAUAAUUUGACGAUCGUAUAUAUCCUAUCAAUUUGAAAUCGCGGAGUAAGACUAUAGCUCCUGCAUUUCAAACUUAUAUGAUAGAACUAACGCUCUUUGCAUGGUAAGCACUACCUUUGCUUCCAUAUUCCAUGAAUUCCUCGUUCCAAUGACACAUACCUGGCUGCCCUCCUAAUCAGCUGUCAGUGAAGGAAAUCGUUUAUAAUUGCAAUGAGGAAGUCGCAGUACACGAAAAGAUAAGAAUGUUUCUAUAACAGAACUGUUUAAAUCACUUGAACUACUUAUAAUAAAUCAUAAGAAAUCUGAAUCAACCCAACAUAUUUGGACAGAUUUGUGGGCAGAAAUUCGGGAGAAAAUGAAUAUUUCUAGUGUCCUACUGAUCUUAGCGACGAUUUCACGACCAAAUAUCGCAGAUAAACAUCUUCAUGACGGGAACAGGACGUGUAUUCCCGCCGAAGAUGAGCCAACACUCAACCCAAGUGGAUGUUAUCCUUUGAUGAAUUUCACCCGGCCUUUCUGUCAAAAUCAUGGAGUCAUUUUGUCAGACUACAUAUACGAGACGCCUUAUAAGCAAAGAUGGUACAAUGAUUAUCUCAAUAGGGAGUACGAUCGAUAUGUCAGGCUUGGUGUACCAAAAAUGAGCAGAUUCUUUAAAGUGGACAACGACAUGGUGAUAAAGUGCGUACAUGCUUCAGUGCCACUCCUUUGUCAUUAUUAUUUUCCGAGUUGCGAGGCGACCCGGGCGGUGUAUAAGGAGCAGACGAUUUGUCGAGAGACUUGUCUCAAUAUUAUUCGUAUAUGUGGUGAAAUUUGGGAUUACUUUGCAAAAGCUUAUACCCAUAAACAUCCUGAUCAGCAGUCGAAGAAACGCGUCCUUUGCGAACUACAGCCUUACAGAAAUGCUGUUGCAAUCCCAUCUCCUCAAAGGACGCCAAUUUUAGAUUGUUUGUACUUAAACGGAAGCAGUUACCAUGGGAACAUAUCAGUGACGGCCUCAGGUAUUCCAUGUCAGUCAUGGACAGAACAAUGUCCUCAUCGUCAUACCAUGAACACCAUGUAUCCAGAAUUAAACAACGCCAAAAAUUACUGUCGCAAUCCCAAGAACUCAGGACAGCGACCUUGGUGUUUUACUACAGAUAGGAACAAGAGGUGGGAGUACUGUGAUAUCCCUAAAUGUACCCCAGUUCAUGGUAAUUAUGGCAACUGGUCAUUGAGCAGUCCGUGUAAUGUAACUUGUGGUGAAGGUUUUGAAACAUGGACACGAAAUUGCAACAAUCCUGAGCCAAAGUUUGAUGGAACAAACUGUAGUCAUCUAGGAGAGGCUAUUGAGUACAGACCAUGUCAGACAACACCAUGUCCUGUUGACGGUGGUUAUAGCAACUGGAGUUUGGAUGCUCCUUGCAAUGUUUCGUGUGGUAAUGGAACUGAAAUAUGGCGACGUACUUGUGAUAAUCCAGAACCAAAAUACGGAGGCAGUAACUGCAGUGAACUGGGAAGUCAAUGA